UAUGCUUGUAAACAAGAGAUUCAUGUGGGGGAAAUAAUAUAAGCUCUUUCGUAACGUUUUGUACAUUGCGUUUUGUUAUUAUUUAGCUAUUUCUAGUUGUUUUGCGUUUUUCAUCUGUAGUGUAGAUUUAAGGUGACAAUGGAUACAGCAAAUGUGGGAUAUUCCUACCAUCUUCCAACUGCAGGAUGGAACUACAAAAUACGGAACACUUUGUCUCAAUUCAGUGACUUAUUUAGUGAAUUUAAUAAAUAUAUUGCUCCUGCUUAUCAUCAUGAUCGCUGUGAGAGGUCCGUACCAAUGAGGAUUUAUUCGAUGCACAAAGGGGAAUUUGUAAUGGUUUUUAUAGCAUUUUUUGCUUGCUUCGGCCUAGGUGUCUUCAUAGGACUUGCAGGUCCUUCUCCGACGUCGAUGACGUCAGUAGCAGGCAGCAGUGUGCUGGCUAACGCGAGCGACAUGUUCCGCGGGCCGUACCCUCUGCGCACUCCUGCGCUCGGCACUCGCGCACAGCAACUCUGGCUGUUCGCUGAGAUCCUUACCAACAAUAAUGACGAGGAAAUAUUCGACAAAAGUUUUCAGAUUAGUAUAUCUAUAGAUGGAGUACUGAGUGAUCAUUCCGCAACUAAUUUGCUGCCAGAAUCUGAUGCUACGAAUAGAACACAGCAUCUUAAAUGCAAGAAACAGAUAUGUGAAGAGGUGAUGGUGCUACACCUGGGCGCAUUGGAGUUCACGCAUUACGUUCUCAACAUACGAUUCUAUGGAUUACAGGAAUUCCAUAAGCGCUACUUUAUACGAGAAAUUGUAUUCUACUUUAAAACGUACAAUCCAGCCUUUACACAAAUGGAGACGUGGUUUCGAUUUAUUUUUUUACUGACCACAUUUACAGUAGCGUGUUGGUUUGCACAUUCACUAAGGAAGUACUCCACACAAGACUGGGCGAUAGAACAGAAGUGGCUUUCAAUACUGUUACCUUUGCUUCUUCUUUACAAUGAUCCAUUAUUCCCGUUACGAUUGGUAUCAGCAGGAUGCUUCGCGCCGUUUAUCGAUACGGUUUUCCAAUCGAUGUUCCUCACGUGCGUCCUCCUUUCUUGGCUAGCGUUAUACCAUGGGCUUAGACAAAAUGAAAGAGGUUUCUUGUCAUUUUAUUUGUUCAAAUUAAUAAUAGUUGGUCUCGUAUGGAUGCCUGUCAUGAUCAUCACCGUCUGGCAAAAAUAUUACGCUUUUUAUGAUCCAACUUUUAACUACACUGUGAACACCAAUUACCCGGUUAUAAAGCUCGUAUUCUUCGGUGCCAUCAUUCUUUACUUCUUAUACUUGCUCGUACUUAUCGUCAAAGCGUAUAGUGAUUUACGCAAUAUGCCGUUUUUCGACAUAAGGCUUCGCUGCUUGUCCAUAGUAGUCGCUACUGUGACGACUAUAACAACAUUGCUGGCACUGCAGUCAUGGGGACCCGCCGCGCUCCAGGACCACUGGGCAUCACAGCCCAAAGUCACCUACGAUACGUCCGCCCCUUUCAUGGCCCUCUAUGGCCUAUUUAACUUUAAAAUGUAUCUAUUAGCAUAUCUAUUCUCGCCUGGCAUUGGAUCUAUUCACGAAACGGCCAUAACCAAAGACAAUCCGGCGUUCUCAAUGAUCAACGACUCGGACGAAGAAGUAAUCUAUGGUUCCGAUGAGGAAAGUCGACGGCCGCUCAAUUCGCACCGCAGAGUCAGCCACGAAGAUAUUUAAAGUCCAUAGUUAUUUUCCUUAAAUCUAUGUUUUCUUGUUAUAAAAUUAUACAUUGUAAUUCGUUUCUUUUUGUUUUGUUAUGACCCUUCUAUGCACAAAUAAGUAUGCAUUUAUCCCUAGUUCAUAUAACUUGUGACUACAUCCCCCUUUAUUGUCAUAUUAAUCAGUGCAUCAAUCUAACGAUAAAGGGGGAUGAAAGUUACAGACAAAGUUCCCUUAUUAAGUCGAAGUCUGUCCAACAAUGGUUUUUCGAAGCCAAAAUUUCUGUAUAAAACAUCCACAUCCCUGUUUCUCUUUGACAACAUUUUGGUCUCAAAAACUCACAGUAAGAGAUAACAAGCCUAUCAUCCGUAUUAACAAGAUAGCAGUUUAAAGAGCAAAGUCCACCUCCUUUGAUUUGAAUAUCAAGUGCAUUGGGUAAAACGAUGCCGUAUUCAUUCGCCAUUUUGUAUCCGUGGCCAUCUUGGAAUUAUUUAUUACGGUAUGCAAUGUGGUGUAAUUAAUCGUCAGAAAGUUAUUACAUUUUAAUAGCUUACCAUUAAACAAGGCAUGUGGAAUAAAAUCUUUAAAAAAAUAUAUUAAAACCUAAAGAAAUAAAAAAAUGGCGUAAAGUAAAAUGGCGGCUAUUGUGUCAGUUCGGUGACAAUAGCCGCCAUUUUACGACGAAGGUAACAUUUAUCCUUUUUUAAGGGACACGAA